AUGGGCCCCUAUACCGCCUCCUCAUGCUGCUGCCAGGCCCCUAAUCUGCCAUGGGCCCCCGUACCGACUCCUCAUGCUGCUGCCAGGCCCGUAAUCUGUCAUGGGCCCCUGUACCGCCUCCUCAUGCUGCUGCCAGGUCCAGAGUGUGUCAUGGGUCCCUGUACGGCCUCCCAUUGCUGCUGUCUCCAUCGCCACACUCUGCCAUGUGCCACUUUCAGGUCUCCUCACACUGCUGGUGGUUUCCAUUUUUGUCAUAGGGUGCUGUAUGGCCUCCCAUUGCUGCUGCCUCCACCGCCACACUGUGGCUCCACACUCUGGUUUUGGCCCCGUGACUGCCCAAAUGAGUGAAGUGUGCUGUGAUUCUAAGAUCGACGGCACUCAUCUGCAUGUCAUACUGACUGUCAGUAUUAUAUCUCUUCCCCAGCAGACUCCAAGGGCAUUUAAAUUAAAGGUACAGUGUUCUGCACUAAUAUAA